CCUCCAUUCUAAUCCCGAGACCGGCCCAAUUCACAACCCACACGCCACGUCGUCCCGAGCUCCGCCCACCACACUGUGCUCCCCGCGAAUUCCCCAUCCCCCCUCCUCUCUCCGCCGGCCAUGGACCGCGUCCUCGCCUUCUCCCGCCGCCGCCGCCGCUGGAUCCUCUGCGUCUCCGCCGCAUCCGCCGCCUACCUCAUCUACCGCCACCCGGCCGUCGCCGCUCGCCGCCGCCGCGUCGCCCGCCUGGCCUCGUCCCUCGCGUCCCUCGCCGACGCCGUGGCCGCCGUCGCCUCCGACCUCGCCGCCUUCAUCCGGUCCGACUCCGACGCGCUGCCCCCCACCCUGACGCAGCUCUCCAAGCUCGCCUCCUCCCCCGAGGCGCGCGCCUCCGCCUCCGCGCUCUCCGGGGCGCUCACCGCCGGCGUGCUCCGCGGGUACGCCUCCGCCUCCCCCUCCUCCGGUGCGGCAUCCGGGGGCGAGGUUGCGUUCUCGGACCGUCUCGUAGAGAAGCUUCUCUCCCCCGCCGGCGAGCGGCUCGCGUCCGCCGUGGCUGGCAGCUUCGGGCGCGAGCUCGUGGUCGCCUUCUACUCUGUCCCAGGUGACCCUUCCGAAUCGCCGGCGAGCUGGGUCGACGUGGUCACCACAGGGAGGUGCCGGGCCGCGAUCCGCAGCUGGGUCGAGGUCUUCACGGCCACCGCAGUGGGCGUCUUCAUAGACAAGACCAUCCACAUCAACACCUAUGACCAGCUCUGCUCCGCUGCCACGAACCCGGCCUACGGCGCCAGGCUGCAGCAGCUUCUUAUUGCGCUCUGCAGUGCCUCCAUCGAGACACUGGUGAAGACAUCACACGGCGUACUCUCCAAUACCAAUGGGAAUGCCAAUGACAGUGGCAGCUACAGUGGCAACAGUGGGGCAAGGGAAGGAUGGGCAGAGACGGUGUCGACUGCGCUCGCCAUGCCGAGCAACCGGAAGCUCGUGCUCGAUCUGACGGGCAGGGCAACGUUCGAGGCAGUGCGGUCGUUCCUCGAGUUUGUGCUGUGGAAAACUCAUGAUGGUGCAAGGGCUGGUACUGAUGCCACAGUAAGGGCUGGAGUUUGUGCUUUGAGGUAUAUGAGCGAAAGGUCCAUGGUUAUCGCUACCAUCUGCAUAGCUUUGUGCUUGCAUGUGUUCAAUACUUCAAUGGCACAUGGCUCUUGGCGCCAGCUUGAGCCUGCUUCUGUUACUAAGUCAUGAUUUAUUACGACUGUCGGCACGUUGUUUAUAUAUUUUUGUACAUGUACAGCAUAUAGAGUACUGAAUAUACUGAAACUGUAAAUUCAGAAAGGGGAAGAUGGGCAAAUGAAGGAAUUUGUUUGGUGAUUGGUAGAUCUUUGUCGUGUAACAAUCUGAUCUCGCAUUCAGUAGUAAAGAAAUUUCUGGCAAUGAAACUUCGCUUGUCUUUUGCUAAUUGUUAGAUUUUGUGAAAAUAUGUGAUAUUGCUGACUCUAUUGCUGUAUAUGAUGUUGAACGAGGGCUAUAUGUUCAGCCUAUUUGG